AUGGUUAAGUGGCUGUUGUUAGUGAUAUUAACUGUGGUAGAGGCAAAAUUGAAUGAUCAGCAUGACGUCUGUCCAGAACAGAUUUUCUUAUCCAACAAGUCUAGUGCACAAAAAUGGAUACCCGAUAAAAUGAAUGCAAUAAUAGAGAAAAAUAAUUCUUCGAAGUCUAACACUAUUUCACAAACGUUGAAAUUUUCUCAUUUGAAAAGUGUCAAUGAUAUAACUGAUGAUUUAUACUAUGCGAUGCCACCGCUAUUCCAGUUGGACGAUUAUGACGCGUGCCUGGGUAGGAAUGGAACUUUUUGCCUGGGUUCCUUUCACUUAUCAGCACCAAAUGACAACCAACUUUACAGACUUCUACAGUGGGUUUCUUCCAAUACGAGAUAUCGGUUCAACCAUACACAGCUGCAUCGAGGAGUGUGCCUGAGUACGAGCUGCCUCAACGUAUCUAACACGCCAAUGUCCCCUAAACAGCAAUUCCAGCAGUGCGUUAAUAACAUCACAAGGUCUCAAUAUGGCUUAGAAGCUUCCAUGCUACGCCUGGAUUACUGCAAGGACGCGCAGACACCCCCGAGCGUACCGCGUGAUGUUGCCGACGAUAUUUUCUUAGCUCUCUUCAUCGCGCUGCUUGCGGCAAAUGUACUCGGAACCAUGUACGAUAUUUUUAGGGAUAAGACAAACAAAGGCAACCAGCUACUACUAUCGUGGUCUCUUAUUAGCAAUUACAAGAACUUCACUCAUAUUUACCCCAACGAAGACACCAUCGUGUCCCGGUUCAACUCCAUACAUGGUAUAAAAUCAUUUAUCCUGCUAUUAAUAAUGAUGGCUCAUUCGGCAGUAGCGAUACAUAUGGCUUACAUUUACAACCCAAAAGCACAAGAAUCUAUGGGGCGGCAACCAGCAUUAAUGAUUCUGAUGAAUGGCAGCCAGGGCGUACAACCAUUCUUCGUGCUCUCCAGUUUUAUCUUCGUCCAUAAUUUCCUACUCUUGGAUGAGCGAUACAAGAAGCGAUCUCCUUUCCUCAUAUUCUUUGUUCUGCUGCUACGACGCAUUGCAAGAAUAUUACCACUAUACAUGUUCAUGGUGGGUUUUACGGCAACGUGGAGCCGUUUCAUAUCGGACGGCACGAUGUGGAUUCCGAUUAUGGAGAAGGAAGCUCAGCUCUGCCGGAUGAAGUGGUGGUCCCACGCGCUCUUCAUACAUAACUUUUACCGCCCUGACGAUCGCUGUCUGAUACAAACGUGGUUCAUUGCAGUAGACAUGCAGCUGUAUGCACUUUCAAUCGUCCUGGCAAUUGCACUGACCCGUUGGACAAAAGUCGUGAUCAAAAUUAUACCAUUAUUUUUUUUGGUCACUAUACUUUGCAACUUCGUCGCGGCCUAUACUUUCAAUUUAAAGGCUAGCUUGUAUUUGUCUCAUCCUGAAUAUUUGAAGAAACUACAUUAUGGCAUGCCGUCUUUUAAAUGGAUGUAUGCCGCACCGUGGGCCAGCCUUCCCGCUUCUCUACUAGGAAUAGCGACGGCUUACCUGUACUACGAAAUGCGCAAUAAUAAAAUCGACUUAUUCAAGUAUAAGUGGUUUAAAAUAGUAUAUCGAGCGUCAGUGCCGGGUUUUUUUGGAUGGAUCUACGCUGGAUAUUUUCUACCUGAUGAGCCCAGUCGUUUAGUAUCUGCGUUUUACGCAGCAUUCGAUAGACCUAUCACAUGUAUUAUCUUUUGUAUAGUACUGUUGGGUUUUAUCUACCGCAUUGAUAAUAUCUAUUGGCGCAUGGCGUCUUGGAGUGGUUGGCAGUUGUUAGGUCGCAUGUCACUUUGCGUUCUUACGGUACACUGGACUUUUAACCUUAUGCAGAUUGCGUUACAAACUAAUGUCAACGAGGUAUCUGUUUUGAGAAAUUUAGGUCACUGGCUCGUGACGGUUUUAAUGACAUAUUUGACGUCUAUACCGCUCCAUUUACUGGUCGAGAUGCCGGUACAAAAAUUUCUACGAGCUUCUCUAGGCAUAUAG